GAUGACCGAGGGAGUGGAGAACUCUUCCGCCGGGCUGGUCGUGUCGCCAACCACCUCCGCUGAGGUCCCGAGCGCCGUCCCCGAGGAAGUUCCGGAAACGGAAGCGGAGGCUGAGGAGGUGGCGGAGGACGAGAGCGGAGACGAUGCCGGCGAAGGGGACGCGGACGGAGACGGGGACGCCGAGCGAGGGGCCUUGGGACUGGCGGCUCUGGCCGGCGCCUGCUGCGUGUGUCUAGAGGCGGAGCAGGUGCGCAGCUGCCUGCACUCCGAGAAGAUCUGCAUCCUGCCCAUCAUCGCCUGCCUGCUCAGCCUGGCGCUCUGCACCGCCGGCCUCAAGUGGGUCUUUGUGGACAAAAUCUUCGAGUACGAGCCGAACACCCACCUGGGCCCGGACCGCAUCGGGCAAGAUCCGAUCAUCAGUGCCGACCCCACGUUGGGGCUUCCCGUAUCGCCUUCCACGCUUCCCACGUCCUUGUUCCCUGAGACAAACUCUACGUCUGGGAGGCCCGAGGUUAUCGUGGAGGGUAGGUCCACAGAAGGACCCUUUGACCCCCCCACUCCACGAGUGACCCCUUACACCCCAACUUCAACGGUUACGAUCCGCUCAACACAAACUAUAAACUCGGACAACCACGUCACACCUAAGACUGGAACGAAUAAAAGUUCUACUCCUUUUCCUCAAACCACUGUGGAAUCAAAUGAAAUUCCAAUUCCAAACCUAUCACCUGCCACCAGCACCACGCCCUCUGUCCGGACUUCGAGUCACGUGACGCCAUGCAACGAGAGCGAGAAGUCCUACUGUGUCAACGGGGGCGACUGCUUCACCCUGGAGGUGACCUCGGGCACCACCAAGAAACUCUGCAGGUGCCCAAAUGAAUUUACUGGUGAUCGCUGCCAAACCUACGUAAUGGCCAGCUUUUACAAACAUCUGGGGAUUGAAUUUAUGGAAGCUGAGGAGCUCUAUCAGAAACGUGUAUUGACAAUAACCGGAAUCUGCAUUGCGCUCCUAGUGGUUGGAAUUAUGUGUGUGGUAGCCUACUGCAAAACAAAAAAACAAAGGCAAAAACUCCAUGACAGGCUGAGGCAGAGUUUACGCGAGCGCAACACUAUGGCCUCCAUGGCCAAUGGACCACAAAUGCCCCCACCACACCCACCCCCUGAAAACAUCCAGCUUGUCAAUCAAUAUAUCUCUAAAACUGCACCUGCUAAACACGUCAUAGAAAAAGAAACGGAAACCUCCUUCUCCCCGAGCCAGUACACGUCUUCAGCUCACCAGUCCACUACAGUCACACACACCUCCAGCCAGAGCUGGAUGAACAGUAAGCAUGAGAACAUCGUGUCGGAGAGCCGCUCGGCGCUGGUGAUGUCAUCGGUGGAGGGCAGCCGGCAGGGCACACCCAGCCACCGGGGCCGCCUGAACGCCACCGGCAGCGCCCGCGACCUCGGCGCCUACCUCAAGAGCACCAGGGAGACGCCUGACUCCAGCAGAGACUCGCCCUACAGCGAGAGGUAUGUGUCUGCCAUGACAACGCCGACUCACCUGUCCCACGUGGAGCUGUUAUCCCCAGUGACCCCUGGCUCGCCCCCCUCCGAGACGUCUGCGCCCCUCUCCAGCCUGGCCACGUCCGUGCCGUCGGUGGCGGUGAGCCCCAUCGUGGACGAAGACCGGCCCCUCCUCUUCCUCACGCCGCCACGCCUGAGGGACAAGCAGAAGUCAGGCUGCGGCAGCGGCAGCAGCGGCGGUGGCGGCGGCGGCGGAUGCGGAGGCCACGGCCACAGAAAUGGCAGCGGGGCCAACCAGUGCAGCAAACGCAACUCGGCCCACUACAACCACGGGCAGGACCCCAGCCCGCCCCCCAGCCCCCUGCACAUCAUGGAGGACGACGAGUACGAGAGCACGCAGGAAUACGAGGCCGUCAUCGCCGCCACACCGGCGGCACAAACGGCAGCCGCAGCGACCCGCCCUCCAUCCCCGACCUCCAAGAAACUCGCCGGCAGCCGCCACACCUCUGCUGCCACCGCUGCCGCCACCAAAAGAACAAAGCCCAACGGCAUCGCCGUGGGUGCCGAUACGGUGGCUCGGCAAGGCCAAGCCGCGCCGGCGCCGGCAGCCGUGGCAGCAGCCGCCGUAAGCGAGAGCAGCUCGGAGGAGAGCAGCAGCUCGGACGAGAGCGAGACGGAGGACGAGCGUGUGGGGGAGGACACGCCCUUCCUCAGCAUACAGAAUCCUGCGGCGGGGGGCCCCGAGAUGCCCACCCCCCUGGCACUGCGGCCAGUGGACGGCAGCAGGACUAACCCCGCGCUCCGCCUCUCGCCUCAGGAGGACCUCCAGGUGCGGUUAUCCAGCGUGAUAACCAACCAAGACCCCAUCGCUGUAUAGAAAAAACAACCAACCAACCAACCAACUAACCCCAACGUUACACUACAGAUGCUUCAAACAUACCUAAGGCUGAGUUAAGACGAACGAAAUCAAAAUGAAACAAACAAAAAAAAUACCGCUAUACAGAGUCACCGUUAAACCUUUAUUUUCUAUAAAUUAAAGUAUUUGAGGGAAAGAGUGGGGGGAAAAAACUAAUUACUAAGAAUAAAAAAAAUAACAAAAAAGACAGAACUUUUAUUUUAGAGAUGUAGUUACUAAAGUCUUUUAUAAAUUAAAUGUGUGCAGAAGCGUUUGUGGAAGGAAGUGCCAUACACUUUAAUGUAGCAGGAGUCACAGUAUUUCAACGGCAAAAUAUAUAUAUAAAAAUAUUUAAAAAAAUAUAUCAAUGGUGCCUUUAUUUUCAGUUAGAGGACCUGUAGGGAACUGCUUUGACACUGAGCCAUAUAUUCGUCCAUUUGAACCACCUGAGGACUUUGAUUUUGAAGGGAAAUGGAUCCACCAGCAUUAAUAAAUUGAAGUAUUUUUUAUGACGCGGCAGAAAAGCUGUCCGUGGAGAGUGCAGCAAUGAAAUAUCAAAAUUUGUUCUUUUUAAGUUUAGCCGUGUCUUAUGGAUAUACAGAAAUUGGAUGUUUGGAAAUCUGAUCCUGGGAACAUGAAUUUGGGAAAAUAAAGUGAACAACCUUCUCAAUCAAAACCAUAGGUGUCGUUAGAAUGAUGGUUAGAGUAUCAGAUUCACAAAAUUAAUAUAAACAAUACUGUAUGUGGCAGUGCAAGGACGUAAAUUGUUGAUUUUGUCCCCAUGAUAACAGACAUGUUUAUUAUGAAAUAAGAUUAUUCAACUCUAAUAUCAGCAACAUUGGGUAUCAUGGAAGACGGAUUGUAUAACGUUAUAGCAAUAGGACAUUCCUAUAAAUUUGAGGAAUGUGAGGGCGUUGUUGGCCAUCACUUGAAUUGGCUGUCAACCUAUAAGAAUGAAUGACUGAAUAUAUGGCUCAUUCUGUCAGUGUUUUGACACAUCCAUAGGUUCUUGAGUAAUGCAUUGUGGGGGAAAUAUAGCACCAUUUGAAAAUAUUGACCACAAUAAUAGAUGGCAAGUGCUUUUCUGUGCGACUAUUUUUUUUUUAAUGUUUGCUGUCAUUUUGUUUUUUGUUUGUACUUGUUUUUUGCAUAUGUCCCUCCACAUACAUUUUACCAAUGUUACAUUAUCCAAAGUGUUACUUUUUGUGUUUCAUAUAUUAAACAUUCUCUUUCUUUCAGAGUUAUUGUUCAUACUGUAUGGAAAAUAUAUUUUAGUGUAAAUCUCAUUAUGAAAAGAAGUAUUUUUGUUAUCCCAAAUAUACAUUUGGGAGUUUAAGCAUAUUGAGAAAAAAAAAAGUCGUCACAGCCUUCUGAAAUGACCAAUAUACUGACACACAUAUACAUUUCCCUUUCUGUACAUUUAGAGGCUUUUCAAUCUGCAGGACCUUGCGCACACUGAGAAUUUGCAGAUGACUACCAACAAUGUUUGACUCCUGUCAGUGUCAGCCUUAUUAUAUUAAUGUCUCUUUGAGUUCCUUCCGACCAUUGAUUAUAUUUUAUACAGAAAGAAGCGGCCCAUUGAAGAUGCAUUUACAGUUGUUUGUAUUUAUUUAAUUUAUUUAUUUAUUUAUGUUUGUAUUUAUUAUGUGGGCCUUACAUAGACGAUCAUAAAAUCUAUAUUUUAAAAGUUUUCUUGUAUUUUUUUUUCUUCGCUCAAAGUUUUAUUGUUUAUUUUCUUCACCAUCCUCAACUACAUGGCUUGUCAUUCAGCAUAACUAAUAUAAAUAAAUGUACAUUGCCAGUGUACUUGGUUGUAUGGUGGUUCUUAGUGUAACUGUGUAAAAAAAAACAUGAAACUUUACCAAUAUGGGCAUCAACCACUUCACAAUUACCCCAUGGUGCAUUGCUUUCAAACUAAGAUGUGUUUGUUGAUUUAUGUAAAUAUUCCACGCAAAAAAGAACAUCAUUUCUUUGGGUUGCAGUUGAAAUGGUAAACUGUUUUCUCUGUGUUUCGUCAAUUUCAGUCCCUCUUGGCCGCCUGUGCAUAACCCUCUCCUCAAUGUACCCAACACUGAUUUUGUGCAGACCCACUUGUUGUUUUGAAACGUCCAAAGUAUCAGUUCUGUUUAAAAGAUGUAUUCAUGCAGUGCAACGCAACACACUCGACUGAGUUGCAAACAGUACAAGACAAACCUGUAGCUCUACAGCUCCAUGUCACUGGGAAGUGUGAGACUAUUGAUGUAAACAGCCCAUGCUGGAGAUGAAAACUGAAGCGCUGUACCCAAGCUGCAUGACGACACACAUGGACAUAAACCGCAGGCAUGCCCGUCGCACCCGAUGCGCAGAGAAGUGCAUGAAUGGAGAUGUCAAAGAGACCAUUACCAAUGGCCACAAUUCCUUUAUUUUUCUUUUUUUUCCGACUCCAUUGAAUUUCCAUUAAAUGAAACUGCUCAUUCCCAACCUAGUGUGUGACAUAUUUAGUCUUUUUGAUAGCUUAUCCUUGUCUCCUGAACUUACUCUUUUUUUCCAUUAAUG